GAAAUAAACUGAAACGUGCUGUUGCUCGUGUCCCACUCUCAUUAAAUCCGCGACUGCCGAAUGAGUUUUAGUAGAAGUGUUCAACACACAUCAACGACUUCUGAUUGAGAAACAAGCGCUGCAAAACUAAAAAGGCUUCCCAGAAAACAUUUCACUGCAAGAAGAGAAAGACCAAAAGCUCAAAACACUUUAAGUCUUCACUUUCACAGCAGCGAGCAAGAUGGAGAAGAUGAAAGACAGUAAUAAGGGGAAGCAGGUAACGUGUUGCCUCAUUUUCUGUGUUUCCACGGCUGUGAUUGGCUCACUGCAGUUCGGCUACAACACAGGAGUCAUCAAUGCACCUGAUAAGAAAAUAAAGGACUUCUUCAGAAAUGUGUCUCUGGUGCGCACUGGAGAGCCCAUGCAUGCUUCCACUGUUACGACUGUGUGGAGUAUUGCUGUUGCUAUUUUCAGUGUGGGUGGCAUGAUUGGGUCUCUCUGUGUUGGUGCUUUGGUUAACAAGCUUGGGAGACGGAAGUCCAUGCUGCUGUCCAACAUCCUGGCUCUGAUUGGUGGAGGGCUGAUGGGUUUAUCCAACAUGUGCUCCUCCUAUGAGAUGAUGAUAUUGGGUCGUCUGGUGAUCGGUGUGUUCUGUGGUCUGUGUACGGGGCUGACACCCAUGUACGUGGGUGAAAUUGCUCCAACAGCACUGCGAGGAGCUUUUGGUACACUUCACCAACUUGGGGUGGUCAUCGGCAUCCUAGUAGCACAGAUCUUUGGUCUGGAGUCAUUGCUGGGGUCUGAGGAUUUGUGGCCAUUAUUGCUGGCUUUGACUGUCCUGCCUGCAGUGCUACAAAGUGUUAUGGUGUUUUUCUGUCCAGAGAGCCCACGCUACUUGCUCAUCAAUCUGAACCAGGAGAAGGAGGCACGCCAAGUGCUGAUGCGUCUUCGCGGGCAUUCAGAUGUGGAGGAUGACAUUCGUGAGAUGAAGGAAGAGGCCAUGAAGAUGGCCAUGGAGAAGAAGGUGUCGAUUCCAGAGCUGUUCCGUAACCCCGCCUACCGACAACCCAUUAUUGUCUCCAUAAUCCUGCAGCUAUCCCAGCAACUGUCUGGCAUCAAUGCUGUAUUUUAUUAUUCAACAGAGAUCUUCAGGACUGCAGGCAUCACUGGCCCUGUCUUUGUCACAAUUGGGGCGGGUGCAGUCAACACUGUCUUCACCGUAGUUUCUCUCUUCCUGGUGGAGAGGGCAGGGAGAAGAACUCUUCAUAUGAUUGGACUGGCUGGAAUGGCUGCCUGCGCUCUACUCAUGACCAUUUCUCUUAAACUUGUUAACACUGUAGGACCGGCAUUGGAAAAUGGUACUGGACUGCUUCAGAAUAGCACUGCUGUCAUAACAUCUGAAGGGCAGGGAACUUCAGCGAUCAGCAUUCUAGCCAUUGCAGCAGUGUUUGGAUUUGUGGCUAGUUUUGAGAUGGGACCAGGACCAAUCCCAUGGUUCAUAGUGGCAGAGUUAUUUGCUCAGGGUCCCCGGCCGGCAGCCAUCGCUGUGGCGGGAUGCUCCAACUGGACUGCCAACUUUCUUGUUGGACUGCUUUUCCCACUUUUACUGAAACUGUGCGGUCCGUACGUGUUCAUCAUAUUCUUCAUCUUCCUCAUCCUCUUCUUCGUGUUUACGUACUUCCGUGUUCCUGAGACCAAGGGUCGCACCUUUGAAGAUAUCGCCAGUGGAUUUGCCAAUGCUGCAGGCUCUAAUGUUGCAAACUACUCUUCACCAGAGGGUGUGGUCACUCUGCCAGUAACCCUGUCAUCAGAGAAGUUUCAGAUGACUGAGUUACCAGGACAGGAGACAGGAAAAAGUGGAAUAAACCCAUAGAGAAAAUAUACACAAGAUACACCUGACAUACAACAGAGAGUAGAGAACAGAGGCAGCUAAAUAAUGGGCAUUGUUACAAAAAACUAAAAACUGUAGCUCCAUAAGGGACAAAAUAGUGUAAAAUACAGGGUAAUUAUCAUAUCAUUUAGAUCAGUGUUUCCAGGCCAUGGUGUACUUGGGGGUGCACAGAAUUAAGUUAUGGUGUCUGCAAUUGUGCAAAAUUUAUCUUGUUACAGAUUUGUCUGUAUCUUGACAUACUUGACAUUUAUUGAUAAAUAACAUUUUACAUUACAAGAUUUACAGAUUAUAGUAGUCAGUAAUAUCCAUUAUAAUAAUAGCACUUCUCAAAAUUGAGCUGAAACUUGAUUUGCCUACCAGAAAAACAGACCUAGUCACUUGUAAACAUGCAGGCUCAUCCAUCUCACUAGAAAGAGGGAAAGCAGCAAUACAAUUUUUUAUAUGUGUAUCAAUAUUUUGGGAUUUUUAUUUAUCAAUAAGGUAUUUUAUUUUUCAUGUACAGGUUGUUAUUCUAGGUAAAAAUUUGAUUAUAUCUCUGGCUAUUUCCAAGUUUUGGAUGAAAUAGGUUGAUGGGGGUUUGAACAAUUUUUUAUGGGUGUGUUUAAUGUUGUCAAGUAUAAGAAGAGGGUGCACAGCCAAAAAGGUUUGGGAACCACUGACAUAGAUGUAAUAAAACACCAAACAGGGUAUAAAAAAAUACUCAUUACAGUAAUACAUAUAUUUCAGCAUAAACAUUUAAUGACAGUUAGAAAUUCUUUAUGAACGCAUGGCUAUUUGAGCUAUGUACAAGGAAUCAGGAUUUGUUUCUCUAUGUCUCAAGUGUAUAAUUUUUACAUAUUUCUUAGACAUUUGUGUUGGUUACAGAGGCCUUAAAACAAUUUGCUUUGUUAAAUUAGAUUUUACUAAAUGUAAACUUUUCAAAUUUAGUUACAUAUAGGUGUGUUGUCAAAUUAGUUAAGUUGUUAAAUAUGUUAAUGAUGUGUAAAGAAUAUACAAAGCACCAAGCACUUGAUCUUAGUUCCCCUUCUGUCACUCACUCGACGUUGUAUCAAAUUAAAUGACACAAGGGGUCUUC